CACAUUACUUUGCACUUUCUUUGGAACUCUUCUUCAUCGCUCAAGACUUCUUUGUGUGAUCUUUGAACCAAUCAUUGCUCUAAACGCGCUGAAACAUUAUGCCGUCUGGAUCAAGCUUACCUUAAAUCUUGUUCGGCCGAUAGAAGAGGCGAGUCAAUGAUGCUAUGAGGCCUGCCUUACGCAUACUUCCUGGAAUGCGGGGAAAACCCAGUGCUUGAACACUUUGCCCCACAUAAUACGGUCUCCGUAACUCCAUGAUGUGGUCUGCUCUCCCAGGUUUUUUGUACCUCAUGCGCACUUCGGUCGGUCAUACUCCGAGUGGCUGCUAUCGUGACGCACCCUCGGCUGAAUGGUUAUUGGCACUGCCAGUUUGACGUAGGACGGCGUUAUGUUAAGACGGCGCUUUCCCUUGCAGAGAGGCUAUCAAUAUGUGAUCUCUAAACGUCCUUCUUUUACCUGUGCCCUGCGAUUGUCAAGAUGGCGGUCUGGUUCACGAUCGGCGUUGCACUGUUUGCUGCAAUCGGAACCUUUCUUUUCGGAUUCGACACGGGAAUCGCUACGACAACAAUCGCUCAUCAAAGCUGGAUAAACUACAUGAACAAACCCUCCAAUGGCCUCACCGGUGCUGUCGUCUCAGUUUACAUUGCCGGCGAAGCAGUCGGCGCGCUCACUCAGACUGCUGUCGGAGAUAAACUUGGACGCCUUCGAUUUAUGGAGCUACUGUGUGUAGUCGUCACAAUUGGCACAGUCAUUCAGACGGCUUCAGUCAAUAUUGGAAUGUUCCUUGCUGGACGUGCGCUAGCUGGCUAUGCAGUUGGUGGUCUCGUUGCUACGGUUCCCAUAUAUCUGAGCGAAAUCUCAGACCCUCGCUAUCGCGGCCUGAUCGGUGGCAUUUCAGGUUGCGGCAUCUCCUUCGGAACGAUGGCUUCCAACUGGAUUGGAUAUGCUUGCAGCUACGCGCCGUAUGGGCCAGUACAAUGGAGACUGCCUCUGGGAAUACAAAUACCUUGGGGGGUCAUCAUGUUCUUUGGACUGAUCACCUUUAUGCCCGACUCACCGCGCCAUCUGAUCCGUAAAGGAAAUGUUGAACAGGCGCGGGUCCAGUACAAGAGAAUCCGUCGAGGUCUAGCCGCUGAUGAACUCCAACAGGAGUUCGCUGCGAUGGUGGCGCAGAUUGAAUAUGAAAAGGAGCGAGAAAUAACUUCUUAUAAGGAUAUAUUCAGGCUGUUCAGACGCCGUGCAUUAGUAUCGAUUGCUGUACAGACCAUGACCAGUCUUACCGGUGUGAAUGUGAUUCAAUACUAUCAAACAACUCUAUACAAAUCUCUCGGAAUAGACUCGCAUACUAUUCUUGCACUAGCUGCCGUAUACGGCACAGUGGCAUUCAUCUUCAACUGCCUUACGACCAAAUACUUAACCGACCAAUGGGGUCGUCGAAAAAUGCUCCUAUCCGGCUUGGGCGGAAUCAUCAUCGUUGAGAUCUACGCAGCCGUCAUGCAACGCGAGUUCCAAAACACCGACAACCGAGUCGGAAAAGGUUUUGCCAUUCUGGGGAUCUAUCUCUUCGUAGUAGCAUACUACGGCAUGCUCAACAGCACAACCUGGCUCUACGGCGCCGAAGUCCUUCCCAUAGCCCUCCGAAGCAAAGUAAUGGGUCUAGCAGCAGCAUCACACUUUAUCGUCAACGUAGCCAUCACCGAAGCCGGCCCCAGUGCAUUUGCCAACAUCGGCGAAAACUACUAUUAUGUUUUUGUAGCAUGCACUGUCUUCUUUUUCACUGUGGCUUAUUUUUACUUUCCUGAAACGAAGCAGCGCACACUUGAAGAAAUCGCUGCAUCCUUUGGAGAUAAGGUCAUCACGUCUGAUAAGCAAGGUGAUGGUGAGGAUGAGGAUCCAGAUGCAAAGUGCGAUUCUCAACGUGUUGAGGUGGUGUAUGAUGAGAGGGCGUGAUUGAUUUCCCAUAUAGUUAAUAGGAGGGUGGGAACUGGCUUGGCUGUUAGAUAUGCAGGAAAUACUACUACUGGGACCAGGUGGGGUAUACAACGUUAUUGUUACUGCUCUUCGUAUGAUGGUGCAGCUAUGGUAAGUUGAAGAAGUUUAUCAUCUAUCAUAUUAUGAAAUUGUAUCAGGUUAGAUCAUUCAGAGCUCGUUAUACAUUUUGCGUCGGUUAUCAUUAGGGAAAUCUGAAAGCAGCUCUGCCUAUACCCCUCUAAUAUCAGGGCCGAAAGGC